AUGUUACACCUGGGCGGCUCGCAGGCGCAGGAGCGGUGCAGGCUCCUGGCCUCGCAGAUCUCCUCCCUCACCGAGCGCUCCAUCGCCCUCAUCACCUCCUACUGCAGCCUCGACGACGGCGGCCGGAAGCGCCCGGCGGCGGCGCCAAGCCCGCUCAGCGCCGCCUCCGACGCGCCCUUCAAGCCCACCAAGAAGAGGAGGACGACGGAGAGGGUGAAGCGUCAGGUGAGGGUGAGCUCGGCCGCUGGCGGCGACGUCCCAGCCGACGACGGCCACAGCUGGAGGAAGUACGGCCAGAAGGAGAUCCUUGGAGCCAAGCACCCAAGGGGCUACUACCGCUGCACGCACCGCCACACCCAGGGGUGCGCGGCGACGAAGCAGGUGCAGCGCGCCGACGGGGACCCGGCGCUCUUCAACGUCGUCUACAUCAGCGCGCACACCUGCGUCCAGAGCGGGUCGGCGGCGGCGGCGGCAGGCCAGGCCGCCGCGGCCGCGCAGGCGCCGGAGCACACCCCGGGCGCCCACACCCUGCUGCACAGCCUGACGGUGAAGACCGAGGGGCUGGCCGCGGCGCCGGAGGAGGCGCCGCAGGGCUGGGCCGCCACCGCGCCCUUCUGCCUCUCCCCGACGGCGGCGAGCGGGUGGUGCCCGGCGCCGGAGCGCAGCCCGUUCUCCGCGCCGUCGACGUCCGAGAACUGGGGCGCGUCGCCGGCGACCUCGGACUCCAACCAGCACGCCUCGUUCCCACCCUUCGAGCUCGUCGCCGGCGACGUGCAGUUCGAGUUCGGCGAGGUGGUGUCCGCGCUCGUCGGCGUCCCCGGCGAGUUCCACGACGACUUCGACAUCUCGAGCUUCUUCGCGUGAUCCGCGGCAGGCAGGAGGAAAGAUUCUUACCAGACCAGACCGACCUGAUGACCACCCCCUCUGCGAUCGAUGCUCUGGCGUUUGGUCAGGGGCAGGGGAGGGAAGUACACGAAGCUCUCCCUUGGUCACUGCCAUCUCCUAAACCUUAUUAAUAGGAAUACUCUAUUAUUAGGAUAUUUGAGGAUAGUGAACGCCCUUCUCCAUUUUUUUUCUUAGCUAAGGGUUUUGUAAAGUAGAAGAUUUCGUAUCGGAGAUGUUAAUUCGACAGGCAUGUGAAAGUUUCUCGUGAAUUUUACCAUUGUCGUCCAACACAUUAACAGUGCAAGCAAAGUUUGGGUGAUAUUUAAUAUGAUAAAGCCAU